AGAAGUUUAUUAUCAAAUCAUGCAUUUAUUUGGGAAAUAAACUCUGAUGUUGAAUGUAUUUUUUAUAUUUCUAUAAUGCUUAUCUUUAAUGAAUUGAAGAUUUGAAGUCAAAUCCCUUCUCCCAUUCCCAUCUCCACUAUGACCACUAGGCCAUUAUCACCACUUUCUGUAACAACAAAAGUUUUUUAAAAAGUUAAUACAUUUAAAACUUGGAAAGCAUUAGAAUAAACUUACAUUGUUUCACACUUUCUCUUGUAAAACAAUAUUUGGGGAAAAGGCCUCUCAUCUUAAAAAAGAUUUAACACAUGCCACCCAUGUGCCAAUAGAGUAUGUUUUAACAUUGCCUGUUGACUAGCAAUUUCAGUUGACCCAACUUUUUGGUCAUUGUAGUUGUGUGGUGGGAAAUCUUCUGAGGGUAUUUUUGUCGGUGCUUUUCUCUCGAUGUCUUCAACUGCAGUGGUUCUAAAAUUCUUGAUGGAAAAGAAUAGUACCAACACUAUUCAUGGCCAAGUAACCAUUGGCACUCUUAUUCUGCAGGAUUGUGCUGUGGGUCUUCUGUUCGCACUACUUCCAGUACUAGGAGGGACCUCUGGUGUACUGCAGGGACUAAUGUCCAUGACAAAGUCGCUGUUGACGUUGGUCUCAUUUUUGGCCAUUCUAACAAUAUUGUCUCGGACAUGUGUCCCAUGGUUCCUGAAACUGAUGAUAAGCCUAUCAUCGCAGACCAAUGAACUUUAUCAACUGGCUGCUGUUGCAUUUUGCCUUCUAGUUGCUUGGUGUAGUGACAAGCUGGGUCUCAGUUUGGAAUUGGGUUCAUUUGCUGCUGGGGUGAUGAUAUCAACUACUGACCUUGCUCAACAUACCCUUGAACAAGUUGAACCCAUACGAAACUUCUUUGCUGCUUUGUUUCUUGCUAGCAUCGGGAUGCUUAUACAUGUUCAUUUUCUCUGGAACCAUGUUGAUAUCUUACUAGCAUCAGUUAUACUAGUGAUCAUUGUUAAAACUUCCGUAAUCUUUACCGUCGUCAAGGGAUUUGCAUACAACAACAAAACUUCACUUCUGGUUGGGAUGUCUUUAGCACAAAUUGGGGAAUUUGCUUUUGUGUUGCUCAGUCGGGCGUCAAAUCUUCAUCUUGUUGAGGGAAAACUGUAUCUUUUGCUUCUUGGAACAACAGCUCUUAGUCUGGUAACGACUCCAUUGCUUUUCAAGCUUAUACCUGGUGUGGUUCACCUCGGGGUUCUACUCAGGUGGUUUACACCCGACAGCCAAAUUGAGUUGGGGUUGAAAGGGGAUAGCCUCCGUGCCGAUAGUGUUAAACAAAGAAUUGCCUUGAUAUCAAAGGAUCUCUUGAUUCACCAAGGAUAAAGUAGCCAAAACAACUUAUUGAUGCCAUGGAUACAUACCCAGUCAAGCUCAGUUGAGAGAGGUCUUCUUGCAUGACUCCAUCUCAGCGGCUUUCUCCAUUACAAAGAAUUUCCAUAAAUGGGUAAAUGGCAAUGGAGGUUUUCUAACUGACAAAACCACUAACAAAAAGCUCAAGCUUUUGCCUUUAACCAAUGUAACUUUUAUUUUCGUCUAGUUAUUCUUUUUUUCCUUCUUUAAAGUGUAAAAUAGUAUUUGUUUAUUUAUUUAUUGGAGGGAUGUGAUGUAAUGGGCUAGUGAAAUUUCUUCCAUCACAUUUCGUAUGUAUGUAUGUUUUUUUGGUGUAGAUUCCAGUAUGGAACAAACAUUUCGUGCUCGUCCCUCUUCCCAAUUGUAUAAAAAUUCCCAAUUCUC